UUUGAACCCACGCCCAGGGAGUGGAGCCCAAGAACUCAAACGCUCAGUUUGCAGGCGGAAAAUGAAUGAAUCAGGAAGCCGGGCGGGGUGCAGCCUGAGCUAUUUUAGGGCCGCGUUUCUUAGUACUGUAAGAGUGACGCACUUUCCAUCUCCAGGAAGCUGAGGCGGAGGAGGGUGGAGGAAAAGAAAGAAAGGAGGCCAAGAAUGAAACGCGAGGCUGCUAGAAGCUCCAGGGGAGAGUCCUGAUUGCUCUUGCCAAUCGCUCUCCUCCGUUUCCCCGGCUCCUCCCUAGGAAAGUCCGGCUCCACUUUCGCAGGGGAAGGGGUGAGGGAGGGAGCGCCGGGUUGGGCUGAGUCGAGAGAGGGCGGCCUGCUAUUAGGAAAGAGGCGCCCGUAGUAAACGUGGCUGCUAAGUGGCUUCAGCUCAGGAAAGGAGGGAGGGAGGGACAAGCUGGGACGCUUCGCUCAUAGACUUAUAUGGUUUGGCCCCCAUACGCUGUUCUCCGGCCGGCUGGGCUCUUCCUGAAGGCAUCUCGACCGGUCAGCAAUGUCUCUGGAGGACCCGUUCUUCGUGGUGAAAGGGGAAGUUCAGAAAGCCGUAAAUGCAGCACGUGGGCUCUAUCAGCGCUGGUGUCAGCUGCUGCAGGAGACGCAGGUCGUCAGCAAAGAGGAAUUUGACUGGACUACUAAUGAAUUACGCAACAGCUUGCGCAGCAUCGACUGGGACCUGGAGGACCUGGAGGAAACCAUAUGCAUUGUGGUGUCAAACCCGCGCAAGUUCAAAAUUGAGCCCUCCCAGGUUGCCACCCGGCGCACUUUUGUCACGGAGAUGCGAGAAUCAGUCAGGGAAAUGAGGGAUCACAUAUCCAGUCCAGCAGCACAGGCCUUUGCGGAGAGGAAAAACAGAGAGAUGCUGUUGGGGAGCAGGGAACACUAUGGGAUGCUGGAUGCAGAGGAACUGUCAACAGCUAAUUCACAUACUUUGGAAGAGCAGCAGUUGCAUCAGAAGCUGAUCAUUGAGGAGCAGGAUGAGGAGCUGGAGCUCGUCUCUGGCAGCAUCCGAGUGUUGAAGCACAUGUCGAGUCGGGUCGGAGAAGAGCUGGAUGAGCAAACUGUGAUGCUGGAAGACUUUGCCCAUGAGAUGGACAGCACUCACAACCGCAUGGAUGGCGUGCUCAGAAAAAUGGCCAGUGUCACCCAUAUGGCAAGUGAACGGCGCCAGUGGUGCAUCAUCGGCCUGUUGCUCAUUGUCGUGGUGGUGGUGCUGGUUCUUAUCCUUGCUCUGUGAUCAAACGGCAGAACGGACAUGGGGGAAGGGUGGCAGGUACCAAUCCCAUCCCUGCCGAGUGGAACACUUGUAUCCUGUGUGGGAUCGUGGCGAAGCUUCCUCCAAAGGUGAAAAGGAAGCAUGUCCGUUUAAUCAGGUGGAAUGAUGGGUUUCCAAAUGGGCUACUCUCCCUUGCAGUCAGGCUUUGCUCCUAAUUGUUUAAGGCUGCAGAUUUGUGAAAAAGGAGGACUGGGUUCUGGAGGUUAGGAAAUUUGUGCCAUCUCCCCCCUUUUGUGUGUGCCAGGGUGAAAUUAUAGACAGAUGUGCCUGUUAAAUGUGGAAGCCAUAUUGCAUAUGCAGUUUGUUACCCAUUUUGCAAGUAGGUGCAGCAGCGUCAGUUUCCUUUCCCCCACUGAGUAGCCUUUUCCUCUCAUCUCCAGCAGCCAAAGAGGAAGAACACGGUCCCAGCUGACUACUCUUGCUGCCAUUAUAGGUUCUUAUUCUUCAUGCCACCUCUCUGAACGGGCGCAAGAUUGCUGCACAUUUAAUGUGUCUUGUUGAAGAAGCACAAUUGACUAAGCCAUUGGUUGUGUUUCACCUCAGCCAGUAGCACAUGGACACUGUGAAUAGACGGGAUAGGACAAAGGCUUUGCUUCCUUUUUAAAGGACAAAAUUGCUCAGAGUUGAGAACAGGCCAAAGCCAUCUCACUGCCUAAGUGCCAAGAAAGGGAUUUUGCUUAGUGGAACUGGCAACAUCACACCCCCCCCCCAAUGCUCCUUCUCUUACUGUGAGGCCAGCCGUCCAACAGAAACAGGGAGCAAAAUGUCAGAAUCUCAUCACCCAAAUCCCUCAGGCCUCAGUGCUGUGCUUCAGGUUGCAAGUGGUGCCAAUACUUUUGGGGUGCUGCCAAGCACUUCAAGAAAACUGGUUUCUAGACACCCAGUCAGCUCAAUCCCUUUCAGUUAUAUGGUAAACAAACCUUCUCCCCUUAGGUCUAAAUCCCUGCCAAGGACACACUGUCUAUGCUGAUAUAGACAGCUACUUUCAGCCAAGCCCAAGUGGAGGAUAACAGCCCUUUCUAUGAGGCAGCUCUGCUGUCACAUGCACUCAGAAGCCAUUCUGUUUCUAUUGUGAAGUAUUAUUUUUUUAAAAAGGUACCAAAACAAGCUUUUUAGAUCUUCCAAGAAAAAUAAAAGUUUUUAUACUUCUAUUUAAUACAGAUUUUGGUUCUGGAAUGUUGUUGGGAGGGAGUGGUGAUAUUUACAUACCCCAAAAUAUGAAAUCAAGAGCAGCAAUGGCCAUCCAGAUGAUGUCCGAUUGUCACUGUCAUCCCUGGCUGCUGGAAGCUGAAGACCAAGAAAAUAUGGAGCGACAGAAAUUCCCCACCUCUGAACUAGAAGAGAACCCUACUUUGAUCUAACUAGACUAGCAUUCUGUCUUCAACUAUGGCCUGCCAGCCACAUAUGUUAUUUGAAGCUAGGGAUCUAAUGCACUUUGAACUCACUCUCAGUCAUUCUUAUUGAAUUGUGUGGGCAUUGUUUAAGAUGAUUCUUAACUGAUUGCCUAAAGCUCAAAUCUGUGAUCACAUUGUAUUCUGAGCAACCGAGUAAUUGCUCUCUCAUCUCUACCGUUUGCAGCAGUACCAACCUCCUAUCAUGUCCUCCCUCCCCAAAUCACCAAAACAGAGUCUUGCUGUGUAGUUUGCAGCCUAAUCUGAUGUAGUUCAAUUGUGUUCAGUGGGGCUUAGUCCCAGGGAAGUGUGCACAGCAAUCUAAUCAGAGCCACCCUUUUCAGUAGAGAAAUAGAAAUUCAACAUGUUCUGCUGAACUCAAGAAAAGGUAAAUAUGCUAAUCAAAUGGUGCUCGAUUUUUCAAACAUUUAUGCUGUAGUUUAAGGAAUCCUUUGUAUAGUCCAGGGGUGGGGAACCUGUGGCCCCCCCAAUGUUGCUGGAGUACAACUCUCACCAGCUUUCACCAUUGGCCAUGCUGAUAAGGGCUGGCAGGAGUUGAACGAACAACAUAUGGAGGGCAACCAGUUGCCCAUCUGUACUCUAGUCUAGGGGAGUUGAAGAGCAAGAUAUGAAAUUUAAUGAAACACACAAACAUGACUCUCAGUCAUAUUUGUUUUGUACCACGGGGUUGAUUAAUUUGGAAAUAGAAUUUACUUAGCCUGAUGCAUCCAUAGAAAUGCUCCAAAGUUUAGAUACCUACCUUAAGCAAAUCCGGUCUGUUUUUAAUUUCGGCAAGGCUGCUCCAGGAUAACUCCCCAGGGAAUAAUCAAUCUUACAAAUGAAAUGGUCAGGCACGCAAUUGUUACAAACUUUUUUUUAUUUAUUAACAUUUCUGAAUUCCUUUUUUAUUUUUAAUCUUUACAGUAGUUAAUGUGCAAUUUCUUGAUACUCUCAGGUCACAGGGAUGAGGGAGUCACAAAAUUUUUCUUGGCACUUAUAA